AUGCCUGCUACAGCAAAUAAUGAUGCCCCAACGCCCAAUAUCCACCGCUUCCGAGUCCGUCGCACGUCUACGGUGCCGGAGUCGGCCCCACGCCGACGCUCCGCUUCGCCGCCAGUCGGGCCUUUACCGCUCCCGCGCGACAUUCCCGCCUGCGACCGGUGCCGGAACUUUAAAAAGAAGUGCAGCCGUACGUUUCCUGUAUGCUCACUGUGCGCCAGCGCCGGCCAUCAAUGCUCCUUUUCAACGCCCGUGUCUUCGGCCAAGGCCCAGACGCACCACCUGCGGGCCCGCGUCGAAUGGCUCUCCCGCCUGAUCGACGAGAACCUCCUCGUCACCGGGUGCCCCGGCAUCGAGGGCGUCGGCACGGGGUCCGACUUGACGGGCAUGCUGGCCACCUCUCCUGCUGCCAUCGUCUCUAUUCCGGCCAGGGCUCAGGCCCACAGCACGGAAGCGACGCCCGACUCUGUUAACCAAGAGCAGCAGUCCCUUGUGUCUGAUGCUCGUCUCGUCGCUACCCUGCGCCACCUCGACUCGGUGAGCGGAAGCCUCAUGGCCGCGCCGCAGGACCCGCUGGCUCGCACGCUGGUCAACGCCUACUUCCGCCACAUCCACCGAGCAUACCCAUUCAUGAACCGGGCCCGGGUAUUGCAUGAGCUCGAGGCUCUCGGAUCUGCGGCGUGGCCUCCGAGGCAGUCAGACUCUACUUUGCUCUUCCUUGUCAUGGCCCUCGGUUGCACCACCCUCCAACGCUCGGGACAGAUGCCCCGCGACGCGACAGGGUUCAAGUAUGAUGUUCCAAGCGCCGAGAUCCUCCAGGAGUGCCUUCUCAAGGACGAUGUUGAGUCUAUCCAGAUCCUCGUUCUCCUUGCGCUGCACUGCAUGUACGACCCAGCUGCAGCGUCCACGUGGUCCGUUGCCGGCAUAGCGUCCCGAAAGGCCAUGUCCUACGGCCUCACUCGCCGGGCAUCUAACGACUCGUGUCUCUCGUCGACGGACAAGGAGCUCCGAUAUCGUCUCUUCUGGAGCGUUUGGGUCCUCGACCGGGUCAUGGCCUAUUCAACUGGCCUAGCUCCAGCGCUGUGUGACGAGAGCACCGACGUCCCGCUCCCGGGCCUUGCCGUCGAGGAGUUCGCCUCCCCGGAGCGGCAGCGCUUCGCCUCAGUCCUGCAGAUCCACCGGCACAUCAUCCGUCUGCGACAGCUCGAGGACCGCAUCCUCGCCCAGGUCCUCUCCCGAAAGCAGCCCGACACCAUCAUCGCCUCGCAGGGUCGCCUCGCCAUCGUGAGGGAGGUGCGAACGGACAUCGAGAACUGGUACAGCGAGGGCUGCCUCCUCUCGCCCGUGGAGCCGGACAACAUACCCAUUCACGCGUCCGUGGCCUGGCUCGGCGCGAGAUACUACCACCUGCUCCUGAUGCUACACUAUCCUUGCCCCUUCAACGGUUUCGGCGCCAUCAUCUCCGCCAUUGACCUCCUACGUUUCAUCCAGAAGCAUCUGCAGUCGACCCUCGUCCUCCUCCAGCAACGCCAGCUGCCUCUCAACCUCGUCACCCUCACGCGCACCCUGCCUGUCGGUCUAGCGCUACUGCACUGUCUCAUGAGCGGCGUCUCCGAGAUGGCCUCGACGGAUGAGGUCGACACCCUCAUCAACGUCUUCGAGGCCUUCCCGGACAACUGGGCGCAGGCAAGACGGGCAGCGCAUGUGUUCCGCCAGGUGAGGAUGGUAAUCGUGGAGGUCUCAGGAAAGCAGACGCUGCAGUUCGCGGAGACACGAAUGCAGCCGGGAGGCCCUGGCUACUCAUACCAGGUGCUCCUGAAGCCGCUGGCGGUCGCCGUGACGGCGGUCAUGGAGGACACCCUCGGCAAGCCGACGUGCUACGCCAUCCCGGAGUUUCUAUGCGAGCGGGGAUCCGGCGAGGGAGGAGGGGGAUUUUACUCCUCCAACUCGCCGACAAAUCCCAUCCAGUCAUCCCUCCUCUCAAUACAGGACGAGACAACGGAGAACAGCUGGGGGUCCCUGCAGUUUGCGUUUAUGUGA